CUGAGGAAACACUUGUUUGUGUACCGACUUAGAAAGCACAUCCGAAAAUGAGUGGAAGAGGCAAAACCGGCGGAAAGGCCAGAGCGAAGGCAAAGACCCGCUCCUCCCGUGCCGGGCUCCAGUUCCCUGUCGGCCGUGUCCACAGACAUCUGAGGAAGGGUAACUAUGCCCAUCGUGUCGGAGCCGGAGCCCCCGUCUACCUGGCGGCUGUGCUGGAGUACCUGACCGCUGAGAUCCUGGAGCUGGCUGGAAACGCUGCCCGCGACAACAAGAAGACCCGUAUCAUCCCCCGUCACCUGCAGCUGGCUGUCCGCAACGACGAGGAGCUCAACAAGCUGCUGGGAGGAGUGACCAUCGCUCAGGGCGGCGUGCUGCCCAACAUCCAGGCUGUCCUGCUGCCCAAGAAGACCGAGAAGGUCGCCAAGAAGUAAAUCUGGAGACUCGCUGACUGCUGGAAACCAGAAACAAAAAGGCUCUUUUAAGAGCCACACACUCCUGAUAAAGAGCUCCGAUUCUUA